AGAUGCGGUGCGGGUGCGAACCGCUCGCUCUCAACUGGUGGUGCACGCCACCGUGGAGCUGACGCUGCUGUCAAAUAGAACGCGUCGCUGACCUGACGGUGCCAGCCAGACGAUCCAUUGCGACGAUCUGCGGGGUCUCUGCCUUCGUGUACACCAAUGUGCGAGUGUCGCCCCAACCAGGUUAUACCUGCUGCGACGGCCGUGCAGACGGUUUGGGGACCAGCACGCCACAGAGAGUCGUCGGCCUAUAGACGGAAUCGUGCAACUCGAACCAGACCUUUCACAACUGACCACAUCGGACUGACAAUGGCGCUUCGUUCAAAAUGCCGAAACCGAGACUAGCGACGCGCUGUAACGUUGGCAUUUGGUGAAUCUUUUUCGUUGAGGUCCGAAAUGUGAUUGUGC